AUGGAAGAGGAAAUGAGUGAAGUCGUACGAUAAUUUAAACCAAAGUUCAGAUCCAUUCACAAAACAUAAAUUGAAGAUGAUUUAAGUGAAAACACUGCAAGUUCAUUGCACUAAAUUGAACUAUUAAGAACUGUUAUAACUAAAAAUGUAUUUAACAUUGUAAGAAUACAAACCAUUGAUGAUAGAUGGAUUGGUAUUUAAUUGAGAGAUACCUACGUAACUUGUGGAUGGUUACUUUCUGAAGUGAUUAGGAAAUUAAGUUAAUUAAGAUUAAAUUAUGAUCCAGCAGACAUUGUUGGAUUUAAGACAAACAAUAUUCAUUUGGAUUAUCACUUGAGUUGUUUGCAUUACAAUUUGCCUAAUUUGAAUGGAGUUCUUCUUAUACCCUAAAUUCGUUAACAAUUAAAAGAGCCAAUUAAUCUUGAUUGGUUUGAAAUUAUCAAGAAAUUAGCAGCUGGGGGUUUCUCAGUAGUUUAUCUAGUAAAGAAUAAGGAGAAUGGAUAAUUUUAUGCUAUGAAGGUUAUUGACAAACGUUUAAUGAUUGAAAGAGACAAAGAAGAAAUGGUAUUCAACGAAAGAUAAAUCUUAACAAGAUUGAAUCAUAGAAGAAUAAUCAAUUUAUAUUGUGCAUUCUAGUCAAAAUCUAAAUUGUAUUUUGUAUUUGAUUAUUGUCCAGGUGGAGAACUCUAUUAUCAUCUUAGGAAAUAGAAACGAUUCAGUGAAGAAUAGGCUAAGUGGUUAUUCAUUCAAAUUUUGGAUGGAUUGCAAUAUUUGCAUUCCCAGAACAUUAUCUAUAGAGAUUUAAAACCAGAGAACAUAUUGAUUGAUUAAGAUGGGUGUCCCAAAUUGGCUGAUUUUGGACUCAGUAAAAUAGUUGACAAUUAAGAACAAUUAAAUUACUCAUUUUGUGGA